AUGGAAGGGAAAGUACCACCAUUUGCAAAACCAAAUGCUUCAGAAGUUAAUAAGCGAUUUAAAGAUGCGAAUGAUAAAGAUACAUUUAUAACAAAAAAUAAAGUAAUUCGUUGUGAAAAUAAUAUGCCACAAUAUGAUGUACCUGACUUAGACAUAAAUUUUCAAGCUCCAAUUGAUUCACCAACUUGUGUUAGCCAAUCUAUGGAUUCUGAUAUGACAUUGGAAACAAAGUCAAAGUCAUUGGCUUAUGAUAAUGUACCGGAAAUGAAUACACAUUAUGAUGCAGAUUUUUCUCCAGACGACAGUGGAGAAGAAUACCGUCCUGAAAAAGUUAAACGUACAUAUCCAUUAAUAGGUAGUAGACGAAGAUCAUCAUCGAAUUCUUCUUCUUCAAGUUCUUGCACAUCAUCUAGCAUCAUAUCAUCAUCUAAGAACACUUCUACACAAAGUGUUGCAAUUUUGUCGCAGAAUCAACCUUUUAUUUUAAACCAAGACUAA